UAGAUACAGGGAGUGUCUCACGUUACCCGAUGUGGCAAUGUCUCACAUUACCCCAUUCUCCCUUGUAUAAAAAAUGAAAUGUAGGCUAUCUACCUUGCUUGUCUUUUUAAAUUUGUCGAUACCGUGUUUUCUGGCCAUUUCGGAACACCAAUAAAAAUGAAUGACAGACCAAUAAUCGGUGUUCUCUCGCAGGAUGUGUUUCACCCUCAGCCUCACAGAAACUCUUUGAUCGCGGCGUCUUAAGUCAAGUUUCUGGAGUCUGCCGGCGCUCGUGUGGUUCCGCUGAUGAUCAAUAAGACUGAUGAUGAAUACACAAGGCUGUUUAAAUCCAUAAAUGGAGUUCUUUUCCCUGGAGGCGGAGUCAGUUUAAAAUCAUCCGGCUAUUCCAAAGCAGCGGCCGUUUUCUACAGACUCGCUCUCGAGGCCAAUUCAAAUGGUGAUUAUUUCCCUGUAUGGGGAACCUGUUUAGGAUUCGAACUGCUCACACUGCUAACAAGUGGGGAGUUGCUGCUGUCCCACACCAACACUAGUGGUGUCGCCUUGCCACUGAACUUCACAGCCGAUGUCAGAGACAGUAGACUGUUCAAAGACUUUCCUGAGGAUCUCAUGGAAUCACUGGCAUCAGAUCCGCUGACGGAGAACUCUCAUAAGUGGAGUCUUACUAUAGAGAAAUUUACCAAGAAUGAAAAACUGAAAAACUUCUACAGAGUUUUGAGUACCAACACAGAUGGACAAAAUGAGUUUGUGUCCACAGUGGAAGCAUAUGAUUUUCCCAUCUAUGCCACUCAAUGGCACCCAGAAAAGAACGCUUUCGAGUGGACGCGGCCCUACAUUCCCCACACGCCUUCAGCCGUUAAGACCACCUUCUACACGGCUUCCUUUUUUGUGAAUGAAGCGAGGAAGAGUUUUCACAGCUUUGCCAGUGUGGAGGAAGAGAAGAAAGCCUUGAUCUACAACUACAAACCUGAAUACACUGGAACCCAGAGUGCCUUUGAACAGAUCUAUUAUUUUGAUUAGUGUUUUAUUAUUUUUAUUAUGUUGAAAUCAUGUAAACAAACAUGUACGAAUACAAAAAUCAUGUGGAAUCUUUAGUGUUAUUAAAACACGUGCUUUGGAUGAAUCUGAACAUUUCCAGGUCACAUUUCACCCAAAAAGAAAAGAAAAAAUGCAUUAUGCAAAAUACAUCAUCAUAUUUACUUCUUUUGAGGCCCUGAUCAUGUUCUUGACCUUAAUGGAAUAGUUUAUAAGUUUGGAAAAGGCACAAAGUGAUGUUUUUAUCUCUUAACUAACACACCUGAUCAUUAAUGUGUUCAUCUGCACACACACACACGAACAAUACAGUGCAAUGUUCAAUCAUAUCUAUAACUUCAUAAAAAGUGACGCAAGUCUCAGUUUUUCUGUAAGAAACAGCAAAUACAACUCUGGAUCAAAAUUCUCUCAUAUUCUGAUCUCUUAAUUGGUCCCAUAACUUUAUUAAAAGUAACCCUUCAAUCUAACCUAAUCUAUGGAUCUCAAAAUGUACACUGUGUGUUUAAUUUUACUGCUGAGCCCUAAAAACAUCCUUCUGAAUCAUAUUUGCUUUACCUAAAUAAAGAUCUUGAAUAUUA